AUGGCUCUCUUUCAAGGUAAAAAGUUCCUCUUUCUUCCCAACUGCAGAUCGUCUACACUCAGCUUUCUGUCACAGCUGAUUAGAUCCAAUGAUGGAACAGUUAUCUGCGAUGUCGAAGAGCUCGACAAGCAAAUGAUAACUCUUAUCAACAAAUCCUUUAUCGAUAAGGAUCAAAAACUAACCAAUAAAGAACUCUUUUUGAAGGAAUUUGAAAUGGAUCCAGAUAUUGUGUGGAGUUUCAUUCUUCAUGAGAGACCAGCAUGUGUCGAGGCAAAUUGUAUAAGUGAAUGGUUAAAGAUAGGAAAAAUUACUCUCCCACCUGAGUUCAAUGUCUUAAUCGAUGAGGAAGAUACGACCACUGGUUUUCAUGUAAUCAAUGAGCAUGCUGGCCAAAGUAACAAGGAGGCUUCGGAUCGUGAGUCCUCUAUGGAGAGUCAGUCGGACACUGACAUAGGUUCGGAGACAUCGCAUAAAGACAGCCAUGAGAGCCCUUUCGUUCAAGCAGCAUCCAGGGAAGAAAGUCUUGAUAACCCGAUAUCAGAGACAGUUGCGAACGCAGACCUGGUAGAUGAAGAAAAUGUCUCCAAAAAUGAAACGCUUAUUAAAGCCUUUGGCAGACUCGCCAGAAGAUAUGAGAUAAAGGGUGACCAAUACCGAUCCAAAGGCUACAAACUUGCCAAGAUUGGAAUUGAAAGAUAUCCACAUGAGAUCUUAUCUGGAGAGCAAGCAAGACGAGACAUUGCUAGUGUUGGACCUGGUAUCGCCAAAAAGAUCCAGAUAAUUUUGGACACUGGCUCUUUGCCUGGGCUCGAUGAAUCUUUCGAUCUGGAGAAGAAGCUGAAUUAUUUCACCCAAUGCCACGACGUGGGAAUCUACAGUGCAAAACGAUGGAAUCUUCUGGGCCUGCAGUCAUUUGCAGAUGUCUUGAAGAAAUUUCCGGAAGUUUUCAUCAGAGAUUGGCCUAUCUUAUUUGGAUGGUCCUAUUACGAGGACUGGCUGAUGAAAAUGUGCAGGGAUGAGUGUGAUGAAAUACUGAAUGUAGUUCGAACCACUUUAAAGCGCGUAGACCCAGCAUGCAGCGCAGAGCUGCAAGGUAGUUAUGUGAGAGGUGCUCAGGAGUGUGGUGAUCUUGACAUACUGUUUCAUAAGAAAGGCUGUGAUAAUACCACCGAACUGGGAAGAAUAAUGGAAAAGCUGGCGCUAGCCCUUUAUGACCAAGGCUACGUUGAAUGCUUUUUGCAGCUGUCACCCAAGAUACGGCAAGUUUUCGGCUCCCGGAUAAGAGAAAGGGUUCGUAAAUGCAAGCUGAAAAUUCCUUCGCAGGAAGAAUACCCUCCUGCUGUCGCUGACUUGAAGAAGUACUUCCUAGGUUUCAAACUGAAGUCAGAAUUUAAGCCUCGCUAUCUGGAAACAUCUGCAGAUAAACUAAUCAAGCUUGAGACUGACGAUCGCUUCAUGUCUCUUAGUUCAAGCUCACAUCCUUGUCGUCGGGUGGAUUUCUUUUGCUGCAAAUACUCAGAGCUGGGAGCGGCAAGAAUACAAUGGACUGGCCCUAAGGAAUUUAACCGAUGGAUAAGAAUAAAAGCGGUGCAGAAAGGCAUGAAAUUGACACAGCACGGAUUAUACAGGGGCGAAAACAUUUUGCUUGAAAGCUUUGAUGAUAAACGUAUUUUCGAACUUUUGGGAGAAGAAUAUGUCGGUCCGGAGGAUAGAAACAGAAUGAUAAAAAAGCGGCAGAAGCAGUCAUAA